AUGACUCGACUAAACUUGCGAAGUUCGCGCGGCGCGUCCUUGCCGCCGACAGCUAUUGUGCUUAUCAUAACGUAUCUAACUGUUUGCGUUUGCGAAACGACCUUGGCGCCCAAAACUGAGGAGACUACGCUUUUAAAUGAAGCUACGUACUCUAUUACACGUAACGUAGAGCAGUUAACGUCAACAGAGGGCCCGGCUGACGUUACUGUAACAAAGGAGAGCGUUAAGACAACAAAAGCUACCGAGAGGCCGAGAGCUCGCAAUUUAACGGCUCGAGCGUCCGCAGGCACAAAGGGUUUGAAAAGUGCAAGACGGCAAAAGUUAAACAGUGUUUCGAGUGCGCUUGAGAGCACAGUGCAUUCGUCCACUCGCUUUGGGGCGGUAGAUUGUGAUCUACCGGUGCUACCGAGAGAGUCGCGGUUGUGGAGGGGGAAUGAGACGCACGAACUGAACUUACCGAUAACGGCGUGUGCGGGCGGGCAUGGAGGGGACGAGGAGUGCCCUCAGGUCAUCGUGUCUUGGGAGGGCUCCGCCGACAUACAAAGCGGGGACAUCCUUAUCGUGCGCAUCUCCGACUCUCUAUUGCUCGAGCACGGCCAUUUUGAAACCCGCAACGAAUCCAUCGACGCGAACUCAUCUCGACCUGCCAUCGAAAGGACACAUCAGGCGCUCCAGCCAGCCGUGUACCAAGUUACGCGGCAGGGUCACGAGCACUGCGAUGUCUCUGAUGGAAUGUUGCUGGACAUCACGCCACUGGACGAACAGGCGGCGAAGCUUUUCACUCUCUACGACAAAGACUUGACUGAGGGGGUGAAUUUGCUUAUAGUUGUAUCUGAGAAUUGGGGGUCACAGUGCGUCCGUUUGAAAGUGACCGUCAAGUCAGAUAACUGCGGCGAGUCCCAGGAUUGUUCUGGGAAAGGAGUGUGCUACACAAAUGUAUCUAUGGAAGGUUACGAGUGCCAAUGUUGCCCAGGAUACAUGGGGCCGCACUGCGAGGACAGGGACGCGUGUAAUCCAUCACCCUGCUUGAAUAAUGGCAUCUGCGUCGACCUCACGCAACCACUCAACGGGGCUAACUAUCAUUGCCUUUGUCCCUAUGGUAGCAUAUACGAUAUUUAUUAUCUGUAG